GUGUAGGGCAAUGUAGAAAAUUUUGAAAAGCUUAAAGGAAUUUACUGGAAAGGAAUGAGGACCCCGCAUUCUAACUCGCUCAGUAGGCGAACGCCAGUCCCUGGGAGAAAAGAACCAAAAUGUCUACUAGAGCAGAAGCAAAGGGAGUGGGAGCUAUUUCCAGUGAUGGGAAUUUAAACACGGCUCACGCGCAAACCUCCAGGAAAGGCUUUUGCUCAGUCCGACAUGGGCUGGCCCUCAUCAUGCAUCUCUGCAAUUUUUCACUUAACUCCCAAAAGAUGAGCCUGAGCAUCGCCAUACCAGCCAUGGUGAAUAGCACAGCCUGGCCUGGCCCACUCAAUGCCUCCACAGAAGGGCCUUCCGCCCACUCCCAGGACGGCUGGAAUGGAACUCUACGGCAACUUAAGGCAGUGGCUCCUCUGUAUGACUGGAGUCCUGAAAUCCAGGGGAUCCUUCUCAGCUCUACCAACUAUGGCUCAUUCUUGGCUCCAAUCCCUACUGGCUACAUAGCUGGACUAUUUGGAGCCAAGUACUUGGUGGGUGUUAGCCUGCUUCUUUCCUCAAUCUUGGCCCUCUUUAUUCCAUUGGCCGCGGAUGCAGGAGUGCUCUCGCUCAUUGUCUUGCGGAUUGUUCAAGGCAUAGCCCAGGUUAUGGUAUUAACAAGCCAGUUUUCAAUUUGGGUCAAAUGGGCUCCCCCACUAGAAAAGAGUCAACUCAUCAACAUCGCUUUAUCAGGGGAAUUGAUGGGAUCCUUCAUUACUUUGCUCGUCGGGGGUUUCCUCUGCGAGACCAAAGGGUGGCCUUCUAUCUUCUAUAUCUUUGGUGGAAUUGGCUGUGCCUGUUCUUUUCUCUGGUUUCCUCUUGCUUAUGAUGACCCCAUAAAUCACCCGUUUAUCAGCACCGGUGAGAAGGAAUAUAUCGUGUGUUCACUGGCUCAACAGGACCGUUCACCAGGCUGGUCCCUUCCCAUUAAGGCUAUGAUCAAAUCCCUACCACUUUGGGGCAUUUUAGUCUUUUAUUUCACCGGAUUCUGGACUAUUAAUAUUUUAAUGGCAUACAUUCCAACAUACAUCAGCUCUGUACUUCAAGCUAACCUCAGAGAUAGUGGAAUCCUGUCAGCCCUGCUGUUAGGUGUUGCCUUUAUCAGCACUAUCCUUUGCGGUCUACUGGCGGAUUUUCUUCACUCCAGAAAAAUCUUCAGACUCAUUACCAUCAGGAAACUCUCUACCGCCAUUGGGGUUCUUGUCCCAUCUGUGGUCCUCGUGUCCCUGUACUGGGUCAGAUCCAGCAUCAGCACCAGUAUGGGCUUGUUGGCACUGUGUUCCGCCGCCACCACCUUCUGCCAAACAGGAGCGCUUAUUAACUUCUUGGAUAUUGCUCCUCGGUACACCAGCUUUCUCAGGGGACUAUCACAAGUCUUUGGCCACUUAUCAGGAGCCAUUUCUUCCACUGUUGCCGGAUUCUUAAUCAGUCAGGAUUCUGAGUUUGGCUGGAGAAAUGUCUUCUUGAUUUCAGUUUCUAUUAACAUGUCAGGCCUGGUCUUCUACCUCAUCUUCAGCCAAGCAAAGGUCCAGGACUGGGCUACAGAGCAGACAGUUACUCAGCUCUGAGCAAACUGGGUGCCUCAGAUCCCAACGUUUAGCCAUUCAUGGUUUGCCCUCAUGGACGUUCCCUCUUAGUACCUGCUUGACUGGUUAGCCAUUUAAUUUGCAUUGACUUUGUUUCCAGUAUCUUCUCAGAGAGCUUGGCUGUGGAAUACUGAAGGUUCUGCCUGCAGAGGUUACAGUGGUGGGUGUGGGUUGGGGAAGGCCAGUUAUUUAACUGUGAGCUCUGGAAAGCAUAGGUGUGUCUGAAUUUCCAAGUGUUGUCCACUCUGCCCACUAUUAUUGUGACUUAAUAAGAAAUACAUAUUUGGUCUCUGCCCCCACUUUCUGGAACAGAGCUCCAGAAUUUCAGAUUAGUGAAAUCUCAGAUUUCUUGAGUGGUAGAGAUGAUAGGAGCACCUUUCGUCAUAAUAUUUGGACUCAAUCCCUGGUUCCCGACACAAGAGCUUCUAAGACCUUGGAAUUUGUGGAGUGAUGAGAGUGCCUUGGGUAUUCUAUUGAGAUGACUGGUGGCUGGGGGCUACCCAUGGCUUCUGGGGAUCACUGAAGCUACCCAUAGCUUCAGGAUGGGGCCUGGUCUCCAGAAAGACCAAGGCAUGAGUAGAAGGUUGGAAUUCCAGCUCUACCAUCCCACCUCCAGGAAGAGGAGAGGGGCUGGAGAUUGAGUUAUUCCUCAGUUGCCAUUUACUCAAUCAUAUCUAUGCAAUAAAGCUUCUAUAAAAACUUGAAA